AUGGUGCGUCAGCUCCAUGAUGACAUAAUGACACGCAUUAGGGACAAUGGAGCUGUCUCGGAGGAAUUCGCAGUGACCAGCGGAGUAAAACACGGCUGUGUCCUCGCGCCUACCCCCUUCAGUCUUAUGUUCCCCUCAAUGCUGAUGCACGCUGGACGCGACGAACGCCCCUGGAUCCACCUCGCCUACGGGACGACCGGCCACCUCGUUAAACUGCGCUGGAUGCCCUUCCGGUCGCAUGUAUCCACAGUCACCAUCCAUGAACUUCUUUUCGCCGAUAAGCACAUCGGGUUCCUCAUUGCCAUACGGAACUGUGAGUAAACUUUUUAACCAUCGGAGGAUGCAAAUGUAUUAUUACUCGAUUUUUGCAUUCAGAAAAGCUCCCACAAAUUUGGGGGCUGAAUCCGCUGAACUACUGUACCGUAGCGAUGGCGUUUGUGGUCUCUGAAAACAUGGGCGGUCUCAUCAGGGACAUUUUCUUUGGCCAACAGCGACAGCUGUUCGUCGGCGCUUCUGGUUGGACUAACCCUAAUUUCACGAAAGAAACUGGCGACUGAUAAUAUCCGAUACCGUGCAACCCCUCACUUCUUGACGGUCGAGAGUUUGUCGCCAGCAGUUUUUUUUUUCUCCUGAAUCCUCCAAACUACGAAAACUACAUUCAACUUUAUUUCUAUUCCUUUUCCACAGGAGUUUUUUUCACUGCUGGCCGGAUUAGUGUUUAACGCUUCCCUGACAAUUCCUGUAAACUUGCAUGAAAAAAUUACUAUUAUUAUUAUUAUCAUUAUUUGGUCGUGUUCCUCCACAAACAACGUCCAUUAAGAAAGCCAGACUGAAACAGCUCCUUCUCAGCGCGAUCACGGAACUCUCACGCAUGUCACAUGUACGUUGCUCAACCCGAGUUGUGGGCAAUCGUGGUGCUUAUGUUUGAGGAGCCAGGUCGAGCAUGUGGCGCGCGUAAACAAUGUCAAUGUGUGCAAAUUAUUUAACCACCAGACGAUGCAGAUUUAAUCGCGUUCCUCCACAACCUCCGUCCACUAGGAGAGUCAGACUAAAACAACAUUCUUCCUCAGCGUGUUCACGGCACCCCCACGCAUGUCAGAUGCACGCUGCUCAACGCGAAUUUUGUGUAAUCAUGGUGCUCCUCCUCCUCCUCCUCCUCGUCCUCCUCAUUCCCGCCUCCCAUCUCGCUCACUCUGGCAGCCGGCAGUGUUCGUUCCCUUCUAGACAAUCCGGGGGACACCGGACCGGAACGGAAGACGGCACUAGUAACUCGAGAACAAGCGCUAUACAAGGUGGACAUCAUCGCACUCAGAGAGACCCGAUUCUCCGAACAAGGCCAACUGGAGGAGGUUGGUGCCGGCUACACCUUCUUUUGGAGCGGUUGA